AUGAGGGGAACAGAGGUAUGAUCACCGCAAAGCCAUGCAACCUCUUAAGAAAUCUGCUUUUCGUUUUAGAGUUGCUGUUUGUAUGCCGUUUUACAUUGAUUCCUAUGUACUUCCAAAGCUCUAGUCCCUCAUCAAGAGGAUUCGAACCGCAAUAAGAAGCCGGAAGUGUCUUUGUCAACCACAGGCACUGGGCCCUUAAAGAGCAGUUCACGCCACCCGCCAGCUGUCCGCUGCCCUAGCUUUACUGGCACGCGCGGGCCCCGCCUCCUUUUUACGUCACGCUCUCGUCGCAGCCAGUCUCUCACAGCCGUUGCUUUUUAGCUUAGCCACACCCGUCAGCCUCUCCUUCCGCCCGUCAGGAAAGACUUUUGUCCCCGGGGCUCCUCCCUCGCCCUUCUCUCGUCUGGCUUUCCCUACGCAAGCUAAAGCGGUUUGCCCGGUGACGUAAAAAAAACGGCCAGAACAUUUUCGCCUCGUGACUAGAAACCAGUAGGAAUUGUGGGGUCAGCUGUUUUGGUGGACUACGACUCCCAUCAUCCCUAAUGGUCGCGCCGCGCUCACUGAGCCUGACGGGAGCUGUGGUCCAACAAUGUCUGGUUUAAAGAGACCUCCUGACUUUGCCCUUUUGGGGAGCGAACUCGCUUGUUUUGUGAAUGCAGCACUAGCAGCUGUUCCCGGGCACACCAGAUGGUUUAUGCCCGUUUAGUUAGAUUCUGAGAUGACUCAAGCCAAGCCUCGACGGGAAAAGAUGAAGGUGCCUCCGAGUAUAUAGUGAGUGCCUUUUCUGAGCUCCUGUUGACAGCACUGGCCUAAUCCUAUUUCCCAAGAAGUAAGUCCGACUGAGUUUAGUGUUAAUACUCUUUAAAAAAACACAGUACCUGGAACAACUCAUCGGGAUCCCCACAAAUUAUUAUUUAUUUAAAAGUAUUCUAAUAGCUCUUCAUAAAAAAAUUACAGGGUGGUGGGAAAUUGUGAAUAAAAUAAAUUCAUACAACAUAUAAACUCACAAAUAAACAUAACAAAACAUAGCAAGACAAAACAACCCCAGCUCCUGAAAAUUUGAAAACGUUCCAAAAACCACCUAUAAUCUAAAAGGUCUGUCUUUUCGGCUGGGAACUCUGCCAUCAAGUAAUUCCUCAGUACACAUUCGGCGCCUUCUCCCUCCCCAUGCCAUCAAAGAACCUGGAUUUGCACCAUGAACUGCCCAGAGCACUCUGCAGGUCAAUACGUUGCAGCCACACUUGGAAUGUACUUGUGUACAAUUCUGGUUGCUUUUUGGUUAAGAGGUAAGGGGGAACAUGAUAGAGGUGCAAAACAUCGUGCAGGGUGUAGAGAAAGUAAUAUUGGAACCCAGUGAGGCCAUCAGGUGGAGCUGAAUGUGGGACAAUUCAGGACAGACAAAGGGAAGUAGAGUACUUCGUAAUUUAGGAUGAAGGCAUUAUGACACUGACUGUUUUAUUUUCAUUUCAUUUCCUACUGCUCCCUAACAUGGAAUUUACCUUUCUUAAAAAUUCACUGUACUGAUUAGAUGGACCAUUGGUAUGAUUCUGCAGGUCUUUCUUUUUGUUCUAAAAUUGGAUGUUUUUCUGAGCUGGCAUCUGCCCUCAGACACCUUCCUUAGCUCACCUGCAGCUGUACAAAUAAAGCUAUUCUCUCUUUCUGUCCUCCCUGCCCCCCCCCCCUUUUCACUGUUGUGUCUCAAGGGAUCUGCUGCAGAUCACCAGAUGGGGACUUUAUGUUUUUUUUCAAAGCACUUGGAUUAUUUUAAGUGCUAAACAAAUUAGAAAGAAGGGGUGGGCCUGAGCCAAUGAGGCAAAAACGCAAGUGAUAAUGGCAGCAGGGAGGGAGGGUGGGGAAAGUACUGCUUGAAAGAGAAGCGUGAUCAAGCAUCUUUUUCUUAAGAUCUUGGGGGGGGGGGGAGAGAGAGACGGAAUACUCAGUGAUGCCAUCACUUUGGCACAUAUGUCCAGACCCCUAUUCAGCAAAAUAAGCAGAAGGGUUCCCAAAUGCAGCCAGGCUGGCUUAACGUAUUUUAAACUUUAAGAAGAAGCACUCUUUGAAGUGGGGAGGAAGAUGCUAGUAUUCUACAAGCAGGGCUAAGCUCAAAAGAAUCCCCUUUUCAAGCAGUCUCGCAAAAGGUGGGUUGGAUUGGGGGCCUGGUUUUGCCUAUCUACUUUGAAAGGGGCUUCUCUUGAACAGCAGGAUGCUUGUAAAAUACUAGCAACUCUCAGUCUCUCCACCAGCACCCCAUGAGGAAGGGUGUGCAUUGUUGCAAUGCCUUUCUUUCUGCCCAGGUGGAGGAGGGAGGGAGGGAGAAACCAAGAUUUUACAAGGCUCCUGCUCAAGAGAAGCAAAUGAAUACGCUCCCUAUUGUCUCUUUCAGUGCCUAUUGAGGAUCAUUCUUUUUCAACAAGCUUUUAUUUGGAGAGUUCCCUCCCAGUCUUGUAUCUAUUUGAAAUUGUUUUUAUUGUUGACAUUUUUAUUGUUAAAUCACUUUAAGAGGUUUGAUAGGAAGUGAUUCAUAAAUUGAAUGGAAAAAAUAAAUCUAAAAAGGUAUGUGUGCUUGUAAGAUCGUUAACUCCAGAGUAUAGAAUUAUUAUUGCAAUGUUGAACAUCUUCCAGUAAGAGGGAAACAUUUCAGUUGUGUUACUGUAGCUGGGAACUUUCAUUUAUUUCUCUUUUUUACUAUUUGGAGUUGACUUGCACUUCUCAUUAAGGAAUUUCUUAAUACAAGGCAACUUUUGACUGUUAUGCCAGAUGAAAUAAGAGCCCCAACUGUCACUGCCUGCCAACAAGCAAUUUCAAAAGAAUGGUUCCAAAAUCCAUGGACAGGCAAUACCUUUAUUAGGUCCACCUAAACUGUCACAAAAUACUUAGUGAGUGAGCUUUUGAGUUCUUCAGAACACCUCAGCAGGCUGGAUGUUAAGCAAAGUGAGGGAGAGGGAGAAAAGCUGGUUUGAUGUUUGAUGCUGAAUCCACAAAGCCUGUUUCAUUAGCCCCUUGGUGUGACAUGAUUACAUAGAGAUUUGCAUUUGAGUUGAAAUAAAAAAAUUAAGGUAAUAUAUAUAUAUAUAUUAAAUGUUCAUAAAUGUACCAACCAAGUGCAUACAUAGAUGUGUGGACCACAUGUCUGGAGUAGCACAGGAGGACCGCCCUGAAACCAUUUUGACUCCCAAACUGACCAAAUGUUUUCUCUGCAAGGAGGGAGGGGGGAGCCUCCCCAUCGUCUUUUUGUUCACAAAUCCUGUUUUAAGGGUAUGUCUGUGUAUGAAUAGGGUGAGCUUGUGAACUAAGUAAGGGCUCAGGAACUAAGUAUUUGUCAUUACAAAAGACUAACCAGGCUCCCCAGGGUAUCCAAUCAAGUGACCAUUAACAGGUCUGCCAGACAGGAGAUAAACAACGCACUCGGAUUUCUGUUGUAGACCACCUUUUCUGUAAUGUAGGUAUGAUGUAUCGGGGGGGGGGUUGGACUCCAGGGCGGGCAAUUUAAAAUGUAAGGGCAGACACACCUUUGUUCUGGAUCCUCCUUUCCUGCGUGUGAGGGAAGCACCCUGUUGCAACAGUUCAAUAAAGAUCAGGCUUACGAGCUGCUUUGCUUCUCAAUAUUUUCUGGUUGGCUUCUGUUAUUUUCUCCGACCGAUGGAGAACCUACAAAGGACUCUAUAAGGGCUGUUGUGUCCCCCAUAAGGGAAUAAGGGCAGAUUUUUGUUUAUUACAGAGUACUACCUGAAAUUUAUUUCUAACCCUACUCUUAGAGCCACCUUAACUAAUCUAAAGGUGCAACUGAUGCCAACUGCAAUUUUAGAAUAGCUUUUUCAAAAAAAGUCUCAUGAUUUUAGCCUCUGCCCUUGCAGCGGUAGUUCUAUAGAGGACAUGCCACAUUAUUUUAUUGCCGUUUUCGGCAGUUAAUACAGAUUUUUCAGAUCCAGCUGGGAAAGCUAAUUGGUCUGAAUGGCAGAAAAUUGAUUUUUCUGCCAGCCUCUUAUAAUCAAGAGACCCUAUUAGCAGUGGCUGAAUUCACCAUGGCAGGCCUCUAAAGUGAGAGCCUAUUUUCUCUUAGCAGUAUGAUAAAGAAGUAGAUUUUGUUGCUACAGUGAACAUUUUCUUUUGUUGCAAUUAUUUCUUUUUGUUCAUUAUUGUUCUCUGAUGUGACUCUUGGCUGAAACAGUAUAGACUGAUGGUGAGUUUUAUGUUCACUUAAUAAUCAUAAGGCACUAUCUUGUAACUGUUCUUUUCACUGCCUUUGCUAUUGGGUGGAAAAUGUUAACAUCAAAAAAAAGUCCAGUGUCCAUCUGUAUUAGAAGAUGAGUGAUAAUAUCCCAAUACUUUGACUAAUUUAUUUCCUAAUACUCUUAUUUCAGUAGUUACUCUUGAGUAAUCAUGCGUAUAUUAAGGGUCAAACUGGUUUCAUUUUAAGAGAUGUUUUAAAAUGUAAGAUAGCACUAAAAUGAAAUACAGGAUUGUAUUUAGUAGUGUGAACAGCUGUCCCUAUGAUUGACUGUGGUCCUCAUUGUGUGGACUUAAGAUACAGGGUGGGGGUGGGGGCAGGGGCAGGGGCAGGGUGGGUUUUCUAAACCAUGCACACUAUUUUAGCAUAAGAACAUUACUGCCAUAUCCAUCUUUUUAUAUUAAUCUAAAAACUGUUCACUGCACAUAGAAAAAAUAUAUUAAAUAAAUUCCAUCUUAUUGUUAGAAUGAUUUUUUUCUUAUUUUGAGGGGACAGGUUUAUUGCUCAGAAAAGUGAUUGGGCUCGAAAGAGAAGCAAAAGUGUAAAUAUCGCAUUGUUGAUUCCCAACUGUGUAAUGUGAUAUGAACUGUAAGAACAGCUGCCAUAUCAUUUAACAGCAAAAGAACCAGAUUAAUUAAAAUAUAGCUGUUUGAAUUUGCUGAAUGUGAUGAUCUGUAUAUGCAGCAAUGAGAUGAUUACAGCUAGGCUGAAGCUGAUGCUAUUAGAAACAGUCUCACAGUAAUCUGACUUAAUUUAGUUUUCUCCCCACCCUGUAGUUUAAAACUACAGUAUAGCCUGACUGUCACUAAGUAAGGACAGGAUGAGUAACCCAUCCUCUUCCUCCCCUCUCCACAUUCCGUUUCAGGCCAGUUGUGAUUUAUCCUCAUGAUCGUCUAUGUCCAGCUCAAUAUUUUAGUUUGGUUCAGUAAUAUAGUUUUGGUUCAGUAAUAACAACAAUUUAUGGAAGAGGAACAAACUUUCUGCUUCCACAGCCCUGCCUAGCCUCCCCUCAAUUCUGGCAUCUUAAUGCAGUAUGCCCAGGAUUCAUUAAACCACAGUUUUCUGCUAUGUCCAAAUUAGGAGACUGCAGUUUAAGCACUAGCUAGAUCCCCGAUUGGCAAACCAUGAUUUGCAAUCCUUGGUUAUAGUCGAAACUUAAACCCACAAUUUCCCAUUUUGCAUAUGUUGUAGGGCUGGCCCAAGAUGUUUUGCCACUAGAGAUGCCACAUCCCCUCAUCUUAUUCCUUGUACAGAAGCCAACUAGAUCUGUAGCUGAAUCCUACUUCAGCACUAAUGAUGAGAGAGUACACUACACUUCAGUGUACAAUGAUGGCAGUAGACUAGCUUAAGGGCUGCAGAGCACAAGACAUGUAGUUCAUGCAGCUCUGUUCUCCAACACCUCACUUGAUCUCCCCACCCCACUCCCCAGACACCUGCUGCCUAAGGCAGCUGCUUCACUCUGCCUAAUGGUAAGGCUGACCCUGAGAUACUGGUGUGAUGACCUCUAACAACAUUGUAUUAAGCCAUGAGAGAGGAGAGAGCCUAAGCACUUGAUUGCUCUCUCUCUUAGGAGACAGCCUAAGCACUGAAUUGAGGUAGUGGGCUUUUACCCCACUCUUUUGCUGAAAGUGCUCCCCACAUGACUUACAAAGAUUGUAAGACAAUCCCUGCCCUCAGGCUUACAACUGAAAAGACAUGACAGGAGAGGAAAGGAGAAUGAGGAGGGAGGGGAAAGCAAGCUCAGGCAGUGGUUCUGAAAGUGACAGCUCUUAAACCAAGCAGCUGGAGUGGAAACAGUCCAGGUGGUCUGAAUGGAAUAGUACAACUAAGUGACAAUUGAGUGUCAAAGCAGAGUGUCAAAAGCAGCUGUCUCUCAGUAGAGGCCAUUGAAUAGCCUUGCUGAAUAUCUCCCCCAGCUCUGCAGUCUGAUGGAAUUGGUGCUGUUAGUUAACAAUUUAAAUUGACCAAUGCAACUAGAUUGUGGAUGUCUCAGGCAAAAAACCCUUUUGCUUCAACUGGAGACUGUUUUUAACCUGUGUUGUUGCUGCUGUGUUGUUGACUUGAUGAGAUGCCCUUGUGAAUAUAAACAUGACAUUGGACUCCAAUUCCUAUCAGUCCCAGGCAGCAUGGCCAGUGAUCAGAAAUGAUGAGAGUUGUAGUUCAUCAACAUCUAGAGGGCACCACAUUGGCUACCCCUUCUUCCACCCAUUUUGAUAGAAUAUAUAGUAGAUUUUAGCUCUUGCUAAUCUUCCAACCACACCGUGACAUCUGAACUGGCCUCCCUCUGCAUUUGAUCCAGACUUUGCCACAUUGGAUCUCUCACACAUUCCAGGGGCAAUAUGUGGCGUGCAGUAAAGACUGCAGCAGUUCUCCUAGUGCCAGGACUCUGAUGUAGGUACAGGAAAAUCCCUCUUGUUCUUUAGUGAAUAUCAACAAAGUUGUGUUUGCCUGGGAUGCAUAGACUGGUAGCUACUCCAAAGCAAUGCUGGGUGUGUCCUCAGCUUCAGAUUAUAGUUCCAUUAUCUGCAGGAAGGCUAGGCUCAACAUUUAGCACUAUUUUCCCCUCAGGUGUGUGAGAAGUUAUUAUUACUAUUUCCAACAGUCUCUUACUCCAAAGGAAAUGCCUGGUUGGCACAGGUGUGGCUUUGCUUGACAAUAGAACCUCACCUGAAGCACUAAGGAGGCCUCCGGUUUCAGUCUGGAAAUGUCAGAAUGGCAGCUUUGCCAAUGGAAGCCCAGCCAAAGCAGUCUCUUUGUGGGAAACAUGGCCUGAGGUAAUUAAGCUUCGACAACUCCUUCUGAAGAGCAGGCAAAGUAGAGCAAGAAACAAAUGAAAGGCACAAUCCCACAGCCAGGAAAACCCAAUUGAAAUGAACAGGAAACUUACUGGUGAAUUAGGCCCUCAAAUGCUAAGUAGGCAAAGACUGGGAAGCCUCAUGCCUGAUGGGCCAAAUGUGGCGUCUCCAGGCCUCUCUGUCUGGCCCUCAGAACUCUUCCCAGGCCAUGUCCCCUCUCCCCAGGCUGUGCUGCUUCAUUCCCUGAGUGUUUCUGCCAGGCUGGAAUGUGCCCUCAAACUCUCAUGUUUCUUGCUUGUCUUGAUGGAGGAUGAAGAGAGGAGUAUCUGAGCAAGUGUAGAAGCAAGCAUACUGUAUAAAGAUUUUUAAAAUCACAUUUGUUUCUCUGCACACUUUUCCCUCUGGCCGUUACCACCACUGGCAUGUGGCCCUCAGCUCUCACCCCAGAAGCAUUCCAAGAGUAUAUAAUAACCUUACAGCACAAUCCCAUACCUGUAUAUUCAGCCAGAAGCAAAUUCUGCUGAGUUGAGGGGAAGGCUUGCUUCUGAGCAGACAUGACUAGGGUUGUACUGUUAGAGUCUUGGGAAUGGGGAACCUGUGGACCAUCAGAUGCUGUUGGACUCCAACUCCCGCCAGCCUCAGCCAGCAUGGCCAGUGCUCAGGGUUGAUGGGAGUUGGAGUUCAGCAAUGCCUCUGAAGGGCUGCAGGUUCCCCAUCCCUGCUUAGGAGAGUCGGUCUUCCUUGGGAAGGCUGUUGCAUAACACAGGUGCUGCUAUCGAAAGCCAAUCCCCCACCCUCUGGUGAUAGCCAGCAUCACUCCAUUUAGUGGAGGCACUCAGGGUUCAGUUAGGUACACAAUACAUAUGUGACAAGGUAUUUUUUUUCAGGUAAUGCAAAAAAUUACAGGAAGCCUAAACUGAAAAGUGUUACAGUUUGGGUUUAUAUAACCUGAUGUCACAAACAGUCCAAUUACAUAUUUUGACCACCUUUCUUAUGCAGCAUCUAUGCUCACAUGCCAUAACAGCGAUCUCUCCUGCCCUUACCCAGAUGAAGAUGACCUUAUUUUUUCCAUCUUCCUUGGCCCAGACAGGAUCCAGUUUGAUGCACAUCUCUUCAGAUGAGACAGGCUGUUAUCAGCAACUUCUGAUGCAACAGUUAGUCAAGGAGCCAAAGAAGACAACUCGCUCUUUUCUCAAGGAAGCUCACAACUUCAACAAGGGCACUCAUUCAAGCCGGGCCAGCAGCUUGCCUCUCUGA